AAACACAACAUUGAAUAAAACGGGCAUCUGUCAAUUGCGACGAUUUCUCGAUUUUCUGGUUGUUGGGCUCGUAGAAAUUUUCUUCGUCCUGAAAGAUCGGCCCCACGGCAAUAACAAUGCUGCGCUUGUUCGCCAACACUAUGAAGCUCGGAGCUUCCCGGCCUCUGAGCACGUCAGCUGUGAAGCUGAGCGACAACUUGUUCGUUCAUCGUGAUACUCCCGAGGACAACCCUUCCAUCCCAUUUGAGUUUACCGCUGACAAUAAAAAGCGAGCAGAAGCAAUCCUGAACAUCUACCCUGAAGGACACAAACGCGGUGCCAUGAUUCCGCUGCUUGAUCUCGCCCAGCGACAGCAUGGUUGGUUACCUAUCUCGGCCAUGCACAAGGUGGCCGACAUUUUAGGAUUGCCGCAUAUGCGAGUGUACGAGGUGGCAACGUUUUACACGAUGUUUAUGCGCAAACCUACUGGAAAGUACCACAUUCAGGUGUGCACCACCACUCCGUGCUGGCUCUGCGGCUCGGAUGAGGUCCUAGCGGCUUGUAAGAAAAACCUGGGAAUCGGUGUAGGCGAGACCACCAAAGACGGCAAGUUCACAAUCUCCGAGGUGGAGUGUUUGGGUGCUUGCGUCAAUGCGCCGAUGAUAGCCGUUAAUGAUGAUUACUAUGAAGAUUUAAGCGUGGCGGAUACGGAAGAAAUUUUAAACACCUUAAAGCAAGGCAAACAACCUCGCCCUGGACCCCGUAACGGGCGUUUUGCUUCGGAACCAGUCGGUGGACUUACGUCGCUUAUAGAAGAACCCAAGGGACCAGGAUUCGGGCUUCAAGCAGGACUGUAAACCGAUCAAGCAGCAACUACCGCGUGAUAGUUAAAGGAAUAAAAACGCCGAAACGUUAUGCAAAAUUGUA